UUGCUUGCUCGGUCUCUCUCUACCGAAAGCUGCUUCGCGCUCUUGCAGUUCUACAACCUUCUUAAUUUUCAGUUGGCCCAAAGACAGAAAAAACCCUUUCUUAGUUUAAUUCUCAUCCCACUGGACGCCGCCUUUGCCUCAUUCUGAAGAUGAAAUUGUCUCCACAAAAUUCAAACAUGAUCCUCAGGUAGCAUCGGCAAAAGAAAGCUCAAGGGAAAGGUCAGGAAAUCCAAAUUCAAUUUUCGCCUGUCUCUAUUUCUUUCUCUUUUUAAUUUGGGAGUUACCCAUAAUUUCCUCGAACUACUUCUGGGAAAUUCAUCUUUUUCAUCUUUUAGCUCUGCCACUCCGAAACCCCACUUUUCAGUGGUUCGAUAUACCGAACCCGAAAACCCCACAUCCGGAAAUAUAAGUUGAAGGAUGGAGAGCAGUACGGAGAAAGAGGCAAAUAGUCGAGUUCCACUUUCGGAUGUGGUAGCGGAUUGUGUUAAGCGGUGGUUUAGGGACACGCUUAAGGAGGCCAAAGCGGGUGACAUCAACAUGCAAGUGUUGGUUGGUCAGAUGUAUUGCAGCGGUUAUGGAGUUCCUAGAGAUGCCCAGAAGGGACGAAUUUGGCUUACCAAGGCAUCAAGGACUAGGACUUCAGUUUGGAAAGUUGGCGACAAGCGCCCAGGUUAUAAUGCGAGUGACUCUGAUUCCGAUGAAUUAAAGGAAGGUUCUUAAGAAGACUUAAUUUGCCUCCGUGCUCUAAAAAGGUGUGCUUGGUGUGACUCUGCCGCCAUGGAAGAUGUUCCUGUAACUUGGUGUUUGACUUCUAAUUGUUUUUUUUCUGAGUUGUGCAUGAUUUCCUCCUAAAUGUUCUUUUAUGGCGAAAGAAGAAAGAACGGAUCUUACGUGAAGAUGUUUGCUAAUUGAUUUUUUCAACAAACGUAUGAUUGAUGGAUAUUCCUAACAACUUAAAUUCUCUUUAUUAACAUUUCAGGCAGAUUCAUCGGUUUUGAUUGAACAAUCUAACAUUAUGAAAACUUCUCAGGUAGAUGUAAUCUAUAAAAAAGUUCACGGUAGCAUAUGAUGUUCCACUGUGAAGUGAAUUUAGGAGGUAUUGCAAGUUCAAUUGGGACCCAA